AUGGCUGGAUACUGUAAAAAGGUUGAGAUCAACUGUGAUAUGGGUGAGGGUUUCGGAAAAUGGAAGAUGCUGACAUGGUCUGUCGUGAUUUUGCAGGGACCAGAUGAAGAUCUCAUGAAACUCAUGGAUUAUGCCAAUAUCGCCUGCGGAUUUCAUGCUGGGGACCCUACAACGAUGAUCAAGACUAUCCGACUUGCGAAAGAGCACGGGGUGAAAAUUGGUGCUCACCCCGGGCUUCAAGACUUGUUUGGAUUUGGUCGCCGGAAAAUGGAGAUACACCCUGACGAUAUGUACGCAAUGAUCCUAUAUCAAGUUGGGGCGCUGAAGGCUAUGCUAGACGCUGAAGGAGUUCCUCUGAACCAUAUCAAACCGCACGGCGAGCUUUUCUUUUACAUGCAAAGGGAUUUGGAAAUUAUGGACGCCGUGUUGAGGGCGUGCUCCGUAUUCAAGGUGCCUGUCGUUGGCUCCAAGGGAACCGAGCAUCAAGGGGCGAUGUGCAAGAAGUACGGGCUUGAAUUUGUUGAAGAAGCCUAUACCGAUUUGCAGUACAACAAACAAAAGAAGCUUCUCCCAGCAUCCGAGAGCAAGAUGGCUACCGUUGAAGAUAUCUAUGCUCGUACGAUGUCUAUUGGGUUGGAGGAUGAGGUGCUGGAUAACGAAGGGGUGAAAUCUACAGUGGGAUUCAACGGCUAA